AUGCUCAUUUUAUUUGAAACAUCCGCUGGCUAUGCCGUGUUUAAAUUACUCGAUGAAAAAAAGUUACAAGAAACACAAAACUUAUACGCUGAUUUCGAAUCACCGGAAAGAGCAGCUAAAGUUUUAAAAUUGAAGCAUUUCGAAAAAUUCGAUGAUACAACAGAAGCACUUGCAGCCGCAACAGCCACUGUUGAAGGAAAGAUCUGUAAACCAUUGAAAAAACUACUUAAACGCCUUGUCGAUCCUGAUGUACAAGAACAAUUACUUGUUGCUGAUUCUGCACUUGGCAAAGCGAUUAAAGAAAAAUUUAAUUUCGAAUGUGUAUGCAAUAGUUCAGUACAAGAUCUUAUGCGUGUUAUUCGUUCACAAGCGGAUAGUCUUUUACAGAUCGACGAAAAAGAAUUAGCUGCUAUGCGUAUUGGCUUAGCACAUAGUUUAUCUCGAUAUAAACUGAAAUUUUCACCAGAUAAAGUUGAUACAAUGAUUGUUCAAGCAAUUUCUUUAUUGGAUGAUUUGGAUAAAGAAAUCAAUAAUUACAUCAUGCGAUGUAAAGAAUGGUAUGGCUGGCAUUUUCCGGAAUUAGCUAAAAUCGUUCAAGACAAUGUUGCCUUCUGCAAGAUAGUUAAUCGAAUAGGUUACCGAACAUCUGCCGCUGAGCUCGAUCUGUCCGAUAUAAUACCAACCGAUGUCGAAACACAAGUUAAGGAAGCAGCUGAAAUUUCAAUGGGCACAGAAAUAUCCGAAGAAGACAUUACAAAUAUUCGCCAUCUAUGUGACCAAGUUAUUGAAAUUUCCGAUUAUCGUGCGCAAUUAUUUGAGUAUCUUAAAAAUCGUAUGAUGGCUGUUGCGCCCAAUUUAACUGUUCUUGUCGGUGAACUUGUUGGUGCUCGACUUAUUUCACACGCGGGAUCAUUACUUAAUCUUGCUAAACAUCCAUCGUCGACCGUACAAAUUCUAGGUGCUGAAAAAGCUUUGUUUCGUGCAAUGAAAACUAAACAUGAUACACCGAAAUAUGGUUUAAUUUAUCAUGCAUCAUUGGUUGGUCAAGCAUCAGCUAAACUCAAAGGAAAAGUUAGUCGAAUGUUAGCUGCCAAAGCAGCUCUAUCAAUUCGUGUUGAUGCACUUGGAGAAGAUACCGAAGCAUCGUUAGGAAUUGAACAACGAGCAGAUUUAGAGAAAAAAUUCUCAGUACUUGAACAAACUGCGACAAAACGUAUAUCCGGUACAGGUAAAAUGCAAGCUAAAUUUGACAAAUACCAAAAGAAUUCUGGCAACGGACAAUUCAAUCAAGAUCAAGCUUCAACAUUGCCUCAUAAACGCCAUUCCGACUUUGGUGGACGAGGUGGUGGUGCUAAUAAGCGAUUUAGAAGCGACAGCAUGAAUAAAUCAUUUGUUGUCUAA